UCUGGCUCGGAUGGUCGACACCCUGGUGAAGGCCAGGAAGCUGACCAAGAGCCCCGUUACGGAACGCGAAUCUUGUACCAGCAGCACCAGCCGACGCAUGCCUCCAUUAAUUUGCAUGCGACUUCUCAUGGAGCUUCUCUAUUUUCAUCCCCGAAUCAUCUGAACAACCCGCCUUCGAGCAACCGAAGCCAGGACUCGGGGAUCCCAGAAGAAGGCACGGACUCGGGCAACUCGUCCCUGUCGCCUCCAGUCGGGCUCCUGAAGCCCUGUCCGAUAACGAGUGCAGCCAGCGAAGCGGGGUCCAGUGGGAUCCACAGCGACGGAUCCUCGUCGACCGGCGGGGAUCAUCAGCAGCACAUUUACUCGAAACGGGCAGUCAGCAUAGAGCAUUUGAUCGCUGCUCAGCCGGGAUCCCCGGCUGCUGCUGCUGGAAACGCCGGGGGCAAUCAGCAGCUCCAGCAACCCUGGAACAAGGGUUCGCUGCAGAGGCCCGGUACUGACGGGAAUCAUCAACUCCACGAUGCCUCGUCCAAUGGCAAUCACGGACUGCGAGAAGCAGUGUACUUGUCGCACCAGGAAACCAUCGCCAUCCGUCGCACCCAGCCCUCGGGCAGUUCGCCGCCAGCGCAAUACCGCGACGACGAAAACCCCUACAUGAGAGCCACCAACAUCCGCCUCACUUCCUUCGCCGAAACCGACCAACAACAACAACAACAUCAAUCGCACAACAAGCAGUCCCACAUCUCCCUGGAAAUGCCUCGUCACUCCCUGGCCGACUCUUCGGACGCCACGCAUUCCCCGACCCCGUCGCCGCCGCUUCCGCCGCCACCGCCGCCUCUGCUCAGCCAGGACUUGCCCGAGGCCAUGGCAGCGUACAGACAGGCCAGUACCCAGGCCCUGCAACACCAACAGCAAAUGAGAGCCGCCGGCGUCGAGUCGCCUUACGGGCAUUUGCGCGGUGGCGCCGACGGCGGCAGUGGCGCUGGUGGCACCCAGCACUCGCCCACGUACGUCUCGCGCGCCACCAUUUACCCGCCCAUGGUGCCCAGUGGCGCAGGCAUUUCUUCGGCUUAUGAAAUUGAAUACAAGCAAGUUGACAGUGAAAAUGCUGUACUUUUCACUGAGGAGCACGAUCACUGCAUGAUUCUUGAAAAUGGAAGGUCGUCGCAAAUCGGAAUUUUGGAGUACUUGUCCCUGGGUAUCCGGCAUUUCAACCCAUUUUCGACUCGGAAAGUUGUGACCCAGUCUCCGGAAAUGUUCGGGAAAACGCUGCAACGCUGCAAACGAGUCCAAGAACAGGACCGAACAACCGGCGAAUUUCCGCCCAUGCGUUGGGAUUUAAUUUACCCAGGUAAAGAUCUUAACACGCUUCCGGGCACCUGUUCUUGUCUAACCUAA